AUUAAAAAUAUUUACUGUACAAUUUGUACUUUAUUCUAUGUCAUUAUUAGUAUGGACAUAUCAUUAGCUCUACGUGAUGUACGCGUACAAAUACCACAUGCUGUCAGAAAGGGAGAAAAGGCCAUACUUAAGUGUCUGUAUGAUUUGGAAGGUGACAGUCUCUAUUCAGUUAAAUGGUAUAAAGGACGAAGAGAAUUUUAUAGUUUUACCCCCAAAGAAACACCAGCUAUGAAAGUUUUUCAAUUCGCUGGCGUAAAAAUUGAUCGCUCUUCUUCUAAUGAAAGUCAAUUGGUGUUAGAAACUGUUAAUGCUGCGACUUCUGGAAAAUACAGCUGUGAAGUUUCAGCCGAUGCUCCCUCUUUUCAUACACUAAUUGGUGCCGGAGAACUUGAAGUAGUGGUUCCUGGCAAAGAUCCAGUUAUAACUGGCAUACGUUCACGCUAUAAAGUGGGUGAUAUUGUCAGAGGCAACUGUACUUCUUCACAUUCUAGACCGGCAGCGAAUAUAACAUGGACCGUAAAUGGUUAUGAGACAAAUCCCGCUCAUAUACGACACUUUAAACCCCAUAAGGAUCCACGUGAAUUAGAAACUGUUAUUUCUGCCAUACAUUUUGUCGUCACACCACAACACUUUAUUUAUGGCAAAUUAAAGAUACGUUGCACUGCUUUUAUACACGAUGUUUAUUGGAAAUCAACAGAAAAAUCCAUAGAAGAAAAUCGUUUAAAUAAGGCUGGCUCUUCGAAUGUGGUACACAAAUUUUCCGAAGAUUAUUUCGAUUUGGAUGAGGAUAACGUAGUCGAUCGUUCAGAUACCUAUAUGACACAUAUAAAAGGUGAUGUUUCCUCGUUAAAUGCUAGUGGCUGUUCAGCUUUACAUAAAUGUUCUUGCUUUUGGCCACGUUUAACAACACUCUCACUUGUAGUGUAUGCCGUGCAACAAAUGCUCCAAUUAUUGCAACAAUUGUUAAGGCAAACUACAAGCAAUACAGCAACAAAAACUGGCAAUUGCCAAACAAUGGAAAAACAUACGAAAGCACAAAUAAAAAAAGACAAAAUUUUAUUAAAAACAAAAACAAUGACGACGACAACAGCAAUGGCAAUAAAACAUAUAGGAAGAUCUUUAGCAACACAAGUGUCAACAAUUUGCUAUGAAAACAACAUACCAGUCGAAGAGAACAAAGCAAUAGAAAAAUGUUGGCCCAAAGAAAAAUAUUUUGAAAUAAAGUUAAUCAAGAAAAAACAUCUAAAACAAAUACAACAAGUGCUACAGCUAAAUGAAGAAAAAUGGCAAUUGCCAGCCAAAUAUGUACACACUUUAAGACAACUAGAACAAUUGCAGUCACAAUCGCAAUCGCAAAUGCAACUAGAGUGUGAUAAAACUCUCUAUGAGUCUGAGUAUAAUUUAACAAUGACAACAACUCAAGUGGCAAAUAUUUUACCAGCCAACAUUGUAACUUUAACGCUUGUCUUAAAUUUUUUACAAUAUAUUUUCUAUAAAGUAUUUGCAACACACCAUAAUUUAUACGCACAAUUUUGUACAACACCCCCAAAUAACUGCUCUAAUAGUUUGAAUACCGCCACUUGUCUUAAUACUCCUACAACAACUGGCAACUCAACAUCAAAAGACUUUUUCGUAACUGUAAAAAAACAAACAACAACAGCAACAAAAAUAACAAUAACAACAACAACAUGACUUGAUUAUAUACAUUGUA